CUCUCAUGCAAUUCUCGCCCAUUUCACAUUCGUGAAUCGUUCUGUAAACAGUAAGCACAUUAGGUUUAAUUGUCGCCGUUAGGUUUCCGGACGCCGCUCCGUUUGUUUUGUCGGGGUUUGGGUUUUGAGAUUCUGAUUUUGCAUGGUGGGAUCAGUGUUUAAUUUCUAGAUUUGUUUCGGUGUUUGAUUUGAUUACUCGAGUGUUCAUUUUUGGAUAAAUUUGUGUGUUUCUUCUUCUGAGCGGCAGUUGUGGGGAUUUUUGUAUUGAUUAGGAGUUUAGGGCUUGUUUCUCCUUUGAUUCAGUUCUUCAUCUGCUUCUUUUGAGGGGGUAGCCGGGGCUCCGGCCUCGGCGGGUUGUAAAGCCCCCUAACUUUACAAACUUAGCCAAAUUAAAUACUUUGAAUUCUUUGAUUCUUUCCUUCUAACCAUUGAUUAACAGAUCGGGGAAGAGAUGCCGACCCUAGCGUGUUGCGUUGAUGCUUCUCCCCCGUUUCCUCCCGGUUACAUUGCCUGGGAUGGUUCUUUUCCCGCGCCGGAGCCUUUUUCCGGCGUACCUCAUUCGAGAAACACCGGUCUACCUGAUCUAUCAUCCGCAGCCGCUCAUUGGUCACCGAAUCACUCUGCUGCUCUCUACAGAGUUAAUGGAUGGGGUGCGCCUUACUUCUCUGUUAACUCCUCCGGCAAUGUCACUGUCCGUCCGCAUGGUUCCGGAACCAUGGACCAUCAGGAGAUUGAUCUCUUGAAGGUUGUGAAGAAGGCGUCUGACCCGAAAUCGACCGGAGGCCUUGACCUGCCGCUUCCUCUCAUCAUCCGGUUCCCGGACGUUCUCAAGAACCGCCUGGAGUCGAUCCAGUCGGCUUUCAAUUGCGCCAUCGAGUCGCAGGGAUACGGCUCGCAUUACCAGGGAGUUUAUCCCGUGAAAUGCAAUCAGGACCGGUUCGUCGUCGAGGACAUUGUGAAAUUCGGUUCCUCUUUUAGGUUCGGAUUGGAGGCCGGAUCCAAACCAGAGCUUCUUCUAGCCAUGAGCUGUCUCUGCAAAGGAAGUUCUGAAUCUCUCCUGAUUUGCAACGGUUUCAAAGAUGCAGAAUACAUCUCACUUGCUUUGAUCGCUCGAAAGCUUUCGUUGAAUACUGUGAUUGUUCUCGAGCAAGAAGAGGAGCUGGAUUCAGUUAUUGAUAUGAGCCGAAAACUUGGCGUUCUUCCCGUUGUAGGAGUCCGUGCUAAGCUCCGUACGAAGCAUUCAGGCCAUUUUGGAUCGACUUCCGGCGAAAAAGGUAAGUUUGGACUUACAACGACGCAAAUUCUCCGUGUUGUGAAGAAGCUUGAAAAAUGUGGUAUGUUAGACUGCCUACAAUUGCUCCAUUUCCACAUCGGAUCUCAGAUCCCUUCCACCGACUUACUGGCCGAUGGCGUUGGUGAGGCGGCGCAAAUUUACAGUGAAUUAGUCCGCUUUGGUGCAUCCAUGAAAGUCAUCGACAUAGGCGGUGGACUAGGCAUUGAUUACGAUGGUUCAAAAUCAACCGACUCAGAUGUCUCCGUGGGUUACACUCUUGAAGAGUACGCCGCCGCGGUUGUUCAGGCGGUGAAGUUUGUUUGUGAUCGGAAAUCCGUGAAGCAUCCGGUGAUUUGUAGCGAGAGCGGACGGGCAAUCGUGUCCCACCAUUCAAUCCUCAUAUUCGAAGCGGUUUCUUCCAGCAAAUACACCGUGCCAACUUUGUCUUCCACUGACGUUAAGCAGUUCGGCGAAAGCCUCCCUGAGGAAGCUCAAUCCGAUUAUGAUAAUCUUUCACAGUCCGCCAUCAGAGGCGAGUAUGAAGCUUGUCUGGUGUAUGCUGAUCAGCUGAAGCAAAGAUGCAUUGAGAAAUUCAGAGAUGGAACUCUUGACAUGGAGCAGUUGGCCUCCGUUGAUGGGUUAUGCGAUCUGGUGGCGAAAACAAUCGGAGCAUCGGAUUCGGUGACCACUUAUCAUAUCAAUCUCUCUGUGUUCACUUCAAUUCCUGAUUUCUGGGGCUUCGGCCAGUUGUUCCCAAUCAUCCCGAUUCACAGGCUGGAAGAAUUUCCAAACAAGAAGGGAGUUCUAUCGGAUUUAACCUGCGACAGCGAAGGGAAGAUCAACAAGUUCAUCGGCGGAGAAUCAAGCUUACCUCUCCAUGAACUGGAAGGUGAGAAUUCCAUGAAAUACUAUCUAGGAAUGUUCUUAGGUGGUGCAUACGAAGAAGCUCUGGGAAGUCUCCACAACCUGUUCGGCGGACCUUCAGUGAUUCGAGUAUCUCAAAUCGACGGCCCACAUGGGUUUGCCGUGACCCGGGCUGUUCCGGGCCCAUCUUGCAGCGACGUCCUCCGGGCCAUGAACCAUGAGCCGGAGGUGAUGUUUGAGACUCUUAAGCACAGAAUCGAGGAGUAUGUUCAUGAUGAAGGUGGCAUGGCUGGAGCUUUAAUCGCGGGUGGAAUUGCAGAAUCUUUCCAUAACAUGCCUUAUUUGAGUGUCGGAUCUUCUUGCUGUUUAACUGCUGCAAAUGGGAUUAACGAGUAUUACUACUCCGGCGAGGGGUUCACUCUCACUGCCGGAGGUGAUGUAGUCUCCGGCGAGGAUGACCGUGAUCAGUGAUUGUUCGUUUGUGCUUGAAAAAGAGAAGAAGGAAUAAAGGGUUUGGUUGUUUAUCGUUGAGGUCGUUCUGUUUUUAAUUCGCUAAUCAGUUCUCUCUUUUUUACUUGUAUUUCAUAAAAAGAGAGUUCGUCUUUUUCGUAAAUUUGUGAAGAUGAAUCAGUCUGUGGAUGAGAGGGUAGUAUAAUAUUAUCAUCUUUCAUAAUAUUAUCAUCUUAGACUUUAAUUUAGUUUUGAAA